AUGCGUAGUGUGAAUAGCUCAGAGACUCCCUGGCUACUAAGAUUUACGUGUCCGAGACCUGUGAGGGAACACACUCAGCAAAGGCCUUGGCAGAGGUUCUCCUCAGCACCAACAAAGAGUGGUGCAGCAAAUACUUUUGACUGCAGUAGACAUUUUGGGAAGAAAAAUAGUACCAAAGGUUGGCUAACACAGUAAGACUUCUGUCAUGUGAAGGCAGCACCUGAUGAAAGUCGAGAUGUCAUUGCUUCUGCUCAGUGCAUCUUGGACAGAGAAAAUUAUUUUGUGAGGGAGUUGGACAGAUAUUUAAGCCACAAUGAUUUCUUAAAUCUGAGAAAGAAGGAGAUCCUUUACAAGAAAUGGCUUGAGGAUGUUUCAGAGCCACUGCUGCAGAAAAUUGAGGACAAAAUGGACAGCCAGUCAAGCAAAGAAAUAGAGAAAAGGAAAGAAGAACAACUGUCUCUCUAUUUAAACUACUGUAAAAAGAAGGGCUAUGUGGCUUUGGAAGCUUACGACCCAUCAGAGUACGAUCCGUUCUUCCUGAAGACGUGUACAGACUGCUGGAAGGUUUCAAUACCAACUUUACAGGAUCCUCUGUUAAAAGACAUUCAAAGAAAGUUUAUUGAGACAGGCAUUAUCAAGCAGUGUGAGACAGGAAGGCCGUGUUCUACCAGAGAGCUGAACCAACUCAGUAAAGCAGAACUGCCACUGCUUCCUUUGAGCCGGCAACGUAUGGAUGCAGUUGAGUGGCUGAAGAUACCACACGCCUACAUUGCUAGUGAGGUCCACCAGACAAAGAGGCAGAAAGUCAUCAGCCACCACAAAGAUGUCAAGAGCCAAUGA